AUGCAAAGUGGCGAUCUUUGCGAAAUAGACGAUUUGAGUGAGAAUACAAUUGUCGAUGUUCUUGAGAAAAGGUAUUUUGAAUGUAUGAUGUAUACAAGGUCUGGAGUGGUGUUUCUGGCUGUCAAUCCAUACACAGGAGUAGAUUCUCACAACAAUGGCUCAGUCAGUGAAUGUUUUGAUAGAGAUAAAGAGAUUGUUCAUGUAUGUAAUGUUGUAGAGUCAUGCUAUAGAGAUUUUUGUGUACAUGGAGAUCAAACAAUUGUUAUCAGUGGUGAAUCUGGAUCAGGUAAGACAGAAAAUGCAAGGCUUAUGAUAGAUUAUCUAUUAAGAAAGUUGAAGAGCGAGCAAUUUAUUCACGAUAACAUAAUUGCUGCUAAUACUGUGCUAGAAGCAUUUGGAAAUGCUCGUACACGCCUUAAUGACAAUAGCUCUAGGUUUGGUAAGAGAAUAAAGCUGCUUUUCAGUGAAGAUGCAAGUAUUACUGGAGCAGUGUUUGAGACCUAUCUUCUUGAAAAGAGCAGAGUUACGCAUCAUGAGCAAGGAGAGAAAAACUUCCAUGUGUUUUAUCAACUAUGCGCCGCACAUCAGAUAUUUAUCAAGAAUGAUUUUAUCGACACAUCGAAUAUAUCAGACACUACAGAAUUCAAAGAUUAUGCCAAAGAAUACACCAAAGUGUUCUCCUCAAUGGAGCAAUUAGGAAUACAAAAUGCUAAGCAAAUUGAAAAAUACCUGAUAGGAAUUCUAUAUUUGGGUUCUAUUAACUUUGUGAGCGAUGGCAUUCUGAAAGUGAUGAGAAAUGAUUGUUUUGUUGAGUUCUGUAGGAUAUAUAGUAUUCCUGAAGAUAUUGUUGAAGAAGCAUUGGUUAAAUUUUCGAUUCAAGUCAAAGGAGAGACAAUUGAAGUAUUCAAUACACAAGUACAGGCCAUCACAAUAAGAAAUUCCAUGGCAAGAUUACUAUAUUCAAGUAUAUUUAACUACAUUACAUCAUGUAUAAACAAUCGAUUGAAAGGCGAAGGUAACACAGGCUCUAUUUCUGUGCUUGAUAUAUUUGGAUUUGAAGCAUUCAAAAGCAAUGGGCUUGAUCAAUUUUGUAUCAAUUGGACAAAUGAAAAAAUCCAAAGUGAGUUUGUUAGAAAGAUUUUGAAAGAAAAGCAAGAAGACUAUAAGAAUGAAGGUAUUGUGUGGAAAACCAUCGAACGUCCAACGGUGAAGCAGUGCAUUGUUGAUAUUGAAAAGCCUUGUGGAUUGGUUGAUCUGAUAAGUGAGGAGAGUCAGAAUUCAUGGGGCAGUGCAGCAAAUCUUGGCACUAAAAUAAAAAACUAUCUUGGUCAAAGCAUAAAAACAACAGUGGAUGAUAGAAUAGUAAUAUCGCAUUAUGCAGGAGAUGUGGAAUAUGGCCUUAAGUCAUUCAUUGAGAAAAACAAGGAAAGAGGAAACUUAAAGAUAUUUACAGGGAUGCCAAUUGCCACUGAUGAUAACAGCAAAAGAGAUUUAGUAAGGUAUUUUAAGCACUCUAUGAAUGAACUAUUGGGCUCCAUAGGUAAGACUCAAGUCAAAUACAUCAAGUGUCUAAAACCAAAUCUCUACAAAAAACCAGGAGUCUUCGAUAGAGCAUUGAUAUCCAAACAGUUAUUUGAAUGUGGGAUUCUACAAGCAAUCAGAAUAAGUAAGCAGUGUUUCGCACAGGAAAUGCUCUUUAAAACCUUUGAAAAUAGAUACAGUAUGCUUGGAGAAUGUAUUUACAGAGUUGUGGAUGUCAUAAAGGGAAAUAAUAAAUACUUCAUGAGCAACCAGAUACUGGAUGUGUUGGAGAGCUGUAGAAAUCAUGCUUAUAGCGAAUGUUUUAGAAUUAUUAAAAUAUCAUUGCAAGCACAUUUGAAAAAACAUCCACAAGAAAAGAAGCAGAAGAUUCUGUUUGUAAAUGAAAAUUGCGAUGAGUAUAAGAAAAAGCUUAUCAAUGAAGCAUCUACUCCAGUCAUUAUAGAAUGCGAUGAUAUGAUGUUGAAAGAUAAAGAAUCACUGAUUACAAGUUGCUCUAGCAUUGAUAUUAAUGAUAAACACAGCAAUGAAGGUGAAACCAAUAGAACAUAUAGUGAGAUAAUUAAAGAUCUGGAAUUGAAGAUAGAGCAGUACAAAAGAUUCUGUGAAACACCUUGCAGAACCUGUAAAUCGCUUGAGAUGAAAUACAAGUUCCAAAGUGAAGCAUUGAAGAAAAAAAACAUGGUGGAAUUGGAACUUGAGAAGUAUAAGGCAAAAGUAGAGGAUUUAGAAAGAAAACUGUCUGAAAGGGACGACGAAGAAUCUCAAAUAAGCGUUUCAUUCACGAAUUCGUACAAUAUUUUUAGUUGUUUAAUCCAGUUGUAUUUAGAAUUUGCACCAUCAUUUUCAAACGAGGAAGUUCCAAGACCAGAGAUGUUAAGUUUGGCUCAUUCAGCAUUCUAUGUGGUAAGUAAGCUUGAUAGAGAUGCAGUUGAAACCAGUGUUAACAUAAUGGAUGAAAUAUAUCUUAAAUUGAAGAUGUUUGAGAGGAACAUCCACAAAAUCUCAUUUAUAUUGUCCAACCUGAUUGAAUAUCAAAGCAUCCUUAGAGAAAAAGGCAUUUUUGUGGAAGAGAUAGAAAAUCUGAUAUCAAUAUUAUUCAAACACCUUUGUGAAUUGCAAAGAGUGUCUAUACUUGAAGUAUUACCAGAUGCUGUUGUUGAGCAUCAACAGAUUUCUAGAUUCAAAUGUAAUGAAGGAUACCUCAAGAAGAUUUUCAAGCCACCUCAUGUUUCAAAACUGAUUCGGCUUCUUGAAUAUUUCUAUCACCAAAUGCUGUAUUAUCACAUUCCAGAGCCAUAUGUUGUAGAAUCUGCUAACUAUAUACUGAAAACAAUCAAUACAUCAGUUUUCAACGAGAUCCUUGUCCGCAAGAAUUUUCUUUCAUUCAACAGAGGAGUGCAGAUAAACUAUAAUAUUAAUGAAAUAGACAAGUUUUGUAGAAACAUCAACUAUUCGGAAGGUAUGUUUAAUUUAUCGCAUAUUACAUCAAUUAUAAAACUGAUCAAUCUUGUAGAAGCACGCGCUACAGCAGAUAGCAUUCUAGAUGAAUGCUCAAUCCUUAAUUGCAUACAAAUAAAUGAGAUAGUUGCAAGGUUGGAUUCAGAUGCAUCAUAUCAUUUUGGAGAAGAUAACAGAGAAGACAAGUUUGUUCAAGAUCCCACAAUAAGCAUGCCUAACUAUACAAGCACAUCGCUUCAUGAUUUUAUAUGCCCAAGAUAUAUUCCUUCAGAAAGUCUGAUGUCUAUACUGAAAUCAAUCAAUAAAUAG